AUGUCUUUCAUCCCAGAACAAUCGAAUGUCUCUAUUCUGAGCAAAAACGAGAAAAAAGCCAAGGAAUUGAUCUCCAAGCUGGGUUUGAAGGCGCUGCCAGGCAUUUCCAGAGUUACUUUCAGAAAGAAGGACAACCAGAUCAUUGCAAUUGACAACCCAGAGGUGUACAGAACUGCCGGAGGCAACUACGUUGUCUUCGGCGAGCCAAAGGUCGACAACUUCACCCAGAAGCUCGCUGCAGCCCAGCAGCAGGCCCAGGCUUCCGGCAUCGUGCCAGCUGGCGAAGACAAGUCGCCAGAGGCUAUCCAGGCUGACAUGCAGGCUGCCGCCGAGGCGCCAGCCGGCGAGGCUUCCAAGGCCGAAGAGGCCGAGGACUUGGACGCCGGCGACAUCCCAGCCGAAGACAUCGACUUGGUCGUCGAGCAAGCCAACGUGUCCAAGGGCCAAGCCAUCAAGGCUCUGAAGGAACACAAGGGGGACAUUGUGAAUGCCAUCAUGUCGUUGUCCAAGUAG